CGGGGGGUGGGAGAGAGAGAGAGAGAGAGAGAGAGAGAGAGAGAGCGAGAGAGAGAGGCUUGAGUGAUAUCAUUGCCUUCUCUUGAGGGGUCUUUGCUGAAAAGCCUUGGGAUUGAAAGCACAGUUCUUAAUCAUGGCGGAGGAGCUAUAAUCAUCCCCCUGUAAUUGCCAGCGACUGCAACAUCUUCAUAUAAGAGCAAGAAAGAAAAAGAAAGUAUAGAAAGAAAGGAACAGCCUGGAGAGAGAUAGAGAGAGAUGAUUUCUUGUCUUCAAUUUCAGUGCUGCAGAAAGUUCUUCUGAAAAGAAAAGCUAGAAGAGACAGACCCGCACACAAGAGAGAGAGAGAGAGAGAGAGAGAGAGAGAGAGAGAGAGAGAGAGAGAGCUUUGAAGGGCGGGUACACCUUCCUUCCCCCCUUCUCUACUUCAAUAAUCUCGGGGAGUAAAAGUAUGGGCUUGAAAAAGCAAAGAGGAAAGUGAGUAGAAAAGUUGAAAAAGGGAGAAAGAUUUGAGAGCAUCUGCUUACAUUUUUCUUUGAGUGGACUCUGAGAUUCCAAAGCUCCAAUAGUCUUUUUUCUCUUCCUCUCUUUUUUUUUCUUGGGACUAUCAAGCCGUUUAAAACAUCAUGAUGGAGCCUUCAAAUCUAGAUCACCACCACCACCAAGAAGAGCUUCAUGGGUCCUCUUUAGCAGCAGCUCCAUCUUUCCAUGGUCUUGGAGGCAACCAUGAGUGGAGCCAAAGUCUUAUGUUAAACUGUGGUGACUUCAUAUCCAACGCCACUGGAGUCCUCUCAAGCCAAAGAGAUUAUAGACCAAGUAGUGAGAUCCCACCUCCUCCUUACAACUCACAAAUGGUCCAAGACUUAGGGUUUCACUGGGCUGGCAAUGCCGAGAGCUUCAUGAACCAGUCAGCUCGCCAGCUCAACCUUGCAAAGAUCAAAGAGGAGCUACCAGACUCUUUCCCAAAGCUUAGAGGGGUAUUUACCACUGAAGACUACCAAUUAGAGGAGAAGCUCUUCAGAACAUUGGCAUCAGAUUGCCAGAUCAAUGGCCUUCAGCCUCCUACAGACUUGUUGGAAGCCCCAAGCUUGGUCAAUUUUGGAAGUGGCAGAGGAAACCUCAGCGUGGUAUUUCCGACAGCUAAUAUUUCGAACCCAUGUCCCUCUCUACCAACAUUCCCGGGAUCCUCAGGCAUGGAACUUCAGGCUUUGGAUCUCUUGGCUUCAGCUAGAUUCGGUCGGAGCUUCUGCCAACCUUCGCCCGGUGGUAUGGGUUUGUUAAGAGAAGAUGCACCUUUUGGGCUUGGCCAUCUCCAUGAACCAGCUCAAGGACCAACGCACAGUCACCAUGAGAUGCCAUCUUUAGUCUGUGGAGUUGCAGAAGCAAAGAGAGCUAAUAGCAUUUUGGAGCACAAAGCAUCUCAAACAGCACCAAAAAAACCUCGGUUCGAGUCCCGUUCUUCAUUCUCUCCCUUCAAGGUGAGGAAGGAGAAAUUAGGUGAUAGGAUCGCAGCUCUUCAGCAGCUGGUGGCACCUUUUGGCAAGACGGAUACAGCAUCAGUGCUAAUGGAGGCCAUUGGAUAUAUUAAAUUUCUUCAACACCAGAUUGAGACACUAAGUGUACCUUACAUGAGGUCAUCCAACAAUAAGAAAUCAAGGACAAUGCAAGGGGUAUCUGAUGAGGACAAAGAUGAAUCUAAACUAGAUCUAAGGAGCAGAGGACUUUGUCUUGUGCCUUUGUCAUGCACUUCAUAUGUCACAAGUGAUAAUGGAGGAGUUUGGUCACCACUGGAUUAUAGGAGAAGUGCUUGAAUCAAAUAUGUUGCUAAAAGGAGUUGUACAUGCUUUAAAGCAAGCAACCAUUUGUUGGUUAAUUGAAGAAUGAUUCAUUUUCUCUCUAUUCUUUUAUCUAUGUCAAUCAAUUAUAAUGAUCUUAGCAUAGCUACUGAUCACAAGCUUAAGAUCUAAAAAGAGUGAUAUUGUGUUGGAAAGACAAGACAAUUUUGCUCCAUUAAUGAUGUAGAUUUAUGCUUCAUGAACAAUUUAUAAACAUUAUCUCCAUGGAUUAGAAGAAGUUAAUUGGCCUCAUUCUUUGACAUA